UCAAUCAUCUUUUCAGCACUGUGAUUGGUCAGUACGUGUGCUUGCGCUGUAGAGCCAGCGUAGGAUCUGAAGAGGCUGUUUGACUGAUUAACCGCGAUAAAGGAGACAUAUAUUGUCUGUCAUCAUGACGACGCUUGAUGAUAAGCUUCUUGGGGAGAAGCUGCAGUAUUACUACAGCAGCAGUGAGGAUGAAGAGAGUGACCAUGAGGAAGAAGAGAACGCAUCCAAAACCAUCCGCGACCAGGAGGUGCUGGAUGUGGAACUCGACUACAGUGCAGAUGGCAGUUCGGUCAACACUGGGCCGAAGGGAGUGAUCAAUGACUGGCGUAAAUACAAGCAGCUGGAGAACGAGCAGCGCAUGGAGCAGCAGAAAGAGAUGGAGCGACUCAUCAAGAAACUCAGCAUGACCUGCAAGUCGCAUCUGGAAGAAGAAGCCGACAGACAGAAACAGAAAGAGCUGCAGGAUAAGAUCGCAGGCAAAAUGAACCUCCGUGUGGAUGAAGAAGAGGAGGAGGAGGAUGAUGAUGAUGAUGAAACCUUCCUCCAGCAGUAUCGUCUGCAGCGCAUGGAGGAGAUGCAGCGACAGCUGUGUGGAGGGCGGCGCUUCGAAAAGGUGAUUGACAUCUCUUCAGGAGAGGAGUUCCUGCGUGCCAUUGACAAGGAGGGCAAGAACACUCUGGUGCUGGUCCACAUCUAUGAGCCAGAGGUGCCCGCCUGCCAGGCCAUGGAUGGAAGCCUGCUCUGCCUUGCAGUGCAGUACCCAAUGGUGAAGUUCUGUCGGGUCCGGGGCUCUGCAGUCGGCACCAGCGCUCUUUUCCGCAGUUCGGCUUUGCCGGCCCUGCUGCUAUACCGUGGCGGUGAGCUGGUGGGGAAUCUGGUGCGUGUGUCCGAUCAGCUUGGAGAUGAUUUCUACGCCACAGACGUCGAAGCUCUGCUGCAGGAAUACGGGCUUCUUCCAGAGAAAUACACUCAGCCAAACACACACUCGUCUAUUCGCAAUGCCGCUGUCAGACAGUGACCUGGAUAUAGACUAAAUGCGUAAUGUCUGUAUACAAACACACAGAUCCAGAAGAAUAUACACUCUUGUAUACAUUCACAUAGUGAUUCAGACCCAAUACAGUGACCAAAAACAUAAACAACGGUUGCAGCUCAGAAAAAUGUGAGAUACACUACUGUCAACACGGAAUCUCUGUGCAAACGGUACGCCAUUCACAGAUCAUGAUUACUGGAACAAUACAGUAGAUACCAUUAGAUGUCUUCAUGUGCGUGUCAUUUCAGACACUUCCAGAACCGGGAGUGUUUCUUUAUGCAAUCAAAAAUGCAAAACCCUUCAGAGAACCCUGCAUCAAUGCUUCACUAUUUAUUAUAGUAUGUUUAUUUGUGUGUAUUUUUGGACAUCUUAGUUUGCUUUACCCUCAGUGUGUUAGUUUUAUACAUUUUGUAAACAUAUCCAUCAAGACAAAUGCAAAAAUAAA